AACCACGACAACCUCACUUCGUGCAGUGACAGCCACGCUAGCCACCUGAACCUGCGCCCACUCCAACACGCAGUGAGCGAACAAGGAAGUACGGAUCUGCGCAGCGCCUCUCCGCCGACCCUCCCAGCUCCUGCCAGCCUGACUCACUCUGCCUCAUUGCGGCCGUUUUUUGACGUGCGUGACGUCGCUUCCUUCCAACAUGGCGCUGGCAGGUUGCUAGUGGAAAACCGAGGGAUUUCCGUGUAAAUCUAUCGCACCUUCCGUAUUUAUGCAUGCUCUCUUUUAUAUAUUUUUUUCUGGGGAGGGCGCAGAUCGGCAGCGCUUUCUUUCUUCCGAGGAGCGGUAGGUAAGGGAGAGAGGACUCCUUCCCCCGCUGGGACUGUGAUCAUACUCCUCGCCCAAGCUCCCGUCCAGCGCGUCAUGUAUGAAGGGAAAAAGACGAAAAACAUGUUUUUAACCCGGGCUCUGGAGAAGAUUUUAGCCGACAAGGAGGUGAAGAAGGCUCACCACUCUCAGCUGCGUAAAGCCUGCGAGGUGGCGUUGGAGGAGAUAAAAGAAGAAACAGAAAAGUUAAGUCCUCCCCCUGGAGAUACCAAGGCUGGUUCCAGUACACUUCCGCCAGUCAAAUCAAAGGCAAACUUUAUUGAAGCAGACAAGUACUUCUUGCCUUUUGAGUUAGCAUGUCAGUCCAAAUGUCCUCGCAUUGUCAGCACGUCUCUAGACUGUUUACAGAAACUCAUCGCUUAUGGACACCUCACCGGAAGUGCCCCAGAUAGCACUGCACCUGGAAAGAAACUCAUUGACAGAAUAAUUGAGACCAUAUGUGGCUGCUUUCAGGGCCCACAGACUGACGAAGGUGUCCAGUUGCAGAUUAUAAAGGCUUUGCUCACGGCAGUUACGUCUCAGCAGAUAGAAAUUCACGAGGGGACGGUGUUGCAGGCUGUGCGAACAUGCUACAAUAUUUAUCUGGCCAGCAAGAACCUCAUCAAUCAAACCACAGCCAAGGCCACCCUCACACAGAUGCUGAACGUCAUUUUUGCCAGAAUGGAAAACCAAGCAUUUCAGGAGGCGCGGCAGAUGGAGAAGGAGCGGCAGAGGCAGCAGCACCUGCAGCAGUCCCCCGUCAGCCAGCACGAGCCCGACUCCCCCCGGCUCAGGAGGCCGAAGGAGCAGCCGGCCAAGCCGCCACCUCAGGAGCCCGACGGGGGGGCGCCCCCCACCGCCAGCGAGGCGGAAAAGAGCGCCCAGGAGGACCCGGAGCCGGAAAACGGAUCGGAGUUCUGCAGCGCGGAAAACGAGCAGACGGAGGCCGACCAGGCCACGGCCGCAGCUGAAAGUCUAUCUAAACAUGAUGCGGAAGUAAUUGAUGAAGAGGAAGCACCUAAUUAUGAAGAAAAAGCUCAAGAAAUCGUGCAGAGCAUCUUGAAGGAAGUAGUUAACACUGUUGUUGGAGAUUCCGGGGAAAGUGCAGGCGGGGAGAGCGCAGAGGGGACCCCCGGCUCCCUGGAGGAGGAAGGGGGGCUGGGCAGCGACAGCGAGCACGUCCACGCCAACGGCAUCCCUGGAACUCCCAUCUCCGCCAGCUUCGCCCCAUCCCUGCCCGAUGACAGGCUGUCCGUCUCUUCCAACGACACUCAGGAAUCUGGAGUGACCACAGGACCCUCUCCUGGUGCUAAGUUUUCCCACAUUCUACAAAAGGAUGCCUUUUUAGUCUUUAGGUCGCUGUGCAAGCUUUCAAUGAAACCCCUUUCAGAUGGGCCCCCUGAUCCCAAGUCUCAUGAACUUCGAUCAAAGGUUUUAUCCCUCCAGCUUCUCCUGUCAAUUCUACAAAAUGCAGGGCCUAUCUUCAAAACAAAUGAGAUGUUUAUUAAUGCUAUAAAGCAGUACCUCUGUGUAGCGUUGUCAAAAAAUGGUGUUUCAUCCGUUCCUGAAGUAUUUGAGCUCUCCUUGUCAAUAUUCCUCACUCUGCUUUCAAACUUCAAGACUCAUCUCAAAAUGCAAAUUGAGGUUUUCUUCAAGGAGAUCUUUCUUUACAUUCUGGAGACCUCCACAAGCUCCUUUGAUCAUAAAUGGAUGGUUAUUCAGACUCUUACCAGGAUAUGUGCAGAUGCUCAGAGUGUGGUGGAUAUUUAUGUGAACUAUGAUUGUGACCUGAAUGCUGCUAAUAUAUUUGAAAGGCUAGUAAAUGACCUCUCCAAGAUUGCGCAAGGAAGGGCUGGACACGAGCUCGGCAUGACUCCCGUUCAGGAGCUGAGCCUACGGAAGAAGGGUUUGGAGUGCUUGGUGUCUAUCCUGAAAUGCAUGGUAGAGUGGAGUAAAGAUCAGUACGUCAAUCCAAACUCUCAGACUAGCCUCGGCCAAGAAAAGCCUUCAGAGCAAGAAACCAAUGAAACUAAACACCCUGAAACCAUCAACCGGUAUGGAAGCAUCAAUUCCUUAGACUCCACGGCAUCUUCAGGAAUAGGCAGCUACAGCACGCAGAUGUCGGGAACCGACAACCCUGAGCAAUUUGAGGUUCUCAAGCAGCAAAAAGAGAUAAUAGAGCAAGGCAUUGACCUGUUCAAUAAAAAACCAAAGAGAGGCAUCCAGUAUUUGCAAGAGCAAGGAAUGCUCGGCACCACCCCUGAAGAUAUCGCACAGUUUCUGCACCAGGAGGAAAGACUAGACUCUACCCAGGUGGGCGAGUUCCUGGGCGACAACGACCGCUUCAACAAGGAAGUGAUGUACGCUUACGUGGACCAGAUGGACUUCCAGGGCAAGGACUUCGUCUCCGCGCUCCGCAUGUUCCUGGAGGGAUUCCGCCUCCCCGGUGAAGCUCAGAAGAUAGAUCGAUUGAUGGAGAAAUUUGCUGCUAGAUACUUAGAAUGCAACCAGGGGCAAACUCUGUUUGCAAGCGCAGACACCGCCUAUGUCCUCGCUUAUUCCAUCAUCAUGCUGACGACAGACCUCCACAGUCCACAGGUGAAGAAUAAAAUGACAAAAGAGCAAUACAUUAAAAUGAACAGAGGAAUUAAUGACAGUAAAGACCUGCCUGAGGAAUAUCUUUCAGCCAUCUAUGAUGAAAUUGCUGGAAAGAAGAUUUCUAUGAAGGAGACGAAAGAAUUGACGAUUAAAUCAAAUAAGCAGAGUGUGGCCAGCGAGAAGCAGAGACGGUUGCUGUACAAUGUGGAGAUGGAGCAGAUGGCGAAGACUGCCAAAGCGCUGAUGGAGGCCGUCAGUCACGUCCAAGCGCCUUUCACCAGCGCCACCCACCUGGAGCACGUUCGGCCUAUGUUCAAGCUGGCCUGGACCCCGUUCCUAGCUGCCUUCAGUGUUGGCUUGCAAGACUGUGAUGACACCGAUGUGGCUUCACUGUGUCUUGAGGGGAUACGGUGUGCCAUCAGGAUUGCUUGCAUUUUUGCUAUUCAGCUGGAGAGGGACGCGUACGUCCAGGCGCUGGCCAGGUUCACCUUGUUGACCGCGAGCUCCGGGAUCACUGAGAUGAAGCAGAAGAACAUAGACACCAUCAAGACCCUCAUCACAGUGGCUCAUACAGAUGGCAAUUACUUAGGGAACUCCUGGCAUGAGAUCCUGAAGUGCAUCAGCCAGCUCGAACUGGCCCAGCUGAUCGGAACCGGCGUGAAGGCCCGCUACAUCUCUGGGACGGUGCGCAGCAAAGAGGGACCCAUCGCCGGGACCAAGGAGCUGAGCUCUGACGAGUAUGUCGGCCUGGGUCUGGUUGGUGGAAACGUAGAUCGCAAGCAAAUAGCAAGCAUUCAGGAGUCUAUUGGAGAGACCAGCUCACAGAGUGUAGUGGUGGCUGUGGACAGGAUAUUUACAGGAUCUACUAGACUGGAUGGCAAUGCAAUUGUUGAUUUUGUACGAUGGCUAUGUGCUGUUUCAAUGGAUGAACUGGCCUCCCCAACACACCCACGCAUGUUCAGUCUUCAGAAGAUAGUGGAGAUAUCUUACUAUAACAUGGGUCGGAUCAGGCUCCAGUGGUCUCGAAUCUGGGAAGUAAUUGGAGACCAUUUUAAUAAGGUUGGCUGUAAUCCCAAUGAGGACGUAGCUAUUUUUGCAGUGGACUCUUUGAGGCAACUGUCCAUGAAAUUUUUGGAGAAGGGAGAGCUGGCUAAUUUCAGAUUCCAGAAGGAUUUUUUGAGGCCUUUUGAACAUAUCAUGAAAAAGAACAGAUCGCCCACAAUUCGAGACAUGGUAGUGCGGUGUAUAGCGCAGAUGGUGAAUUCCCAGGCUGGUAAUAUCCGAUCCGGCUGGAAGAACAUCUUUUCGGUCUUUCACUUGGCUGCUUCAGAUCAGGAUGAGAGCAUAGUGGAGCUGGCCUUCCAGACGACAGGCCACAUCGUCACGAAUGUAUUUGAAAAGCACUUCCCGGCCACCAUUGACUCAUUCCAGGAUGCUGUGAAGUGUCUGUCAGAGUUUGCCUGCAAUGCCUCCUUCCCAGACACAAGCAUGGAGGCAAUCCGUCUCAUUCGGCACUGUGCGAAAUACGUCUCUGAGCGACCGCAGGCUUUUAAAGACUAUACCAGUGACGACAUGAAUGUAGCCCCUGAAGACAGAGUUUGGGUCCGAGGCUGGUUCCCCAUUCUGUUCGAGCUCUCCUGCAUCAUCAACAGGUGCAAGCUGGAUGUUAGAACCAGGGGUCUGACUGUCAUGUUUGAGAUCAUGAAAACCUAUGGCCACACCUAUGAGAAACACUGGUGGCAAGACCUGUUCAGAAUUGUCUUCAGGAUCUUCGAUAACAUGAAGCUUCCAGAACAGCAAACAGAGAAAGCCGAGUGGAUGACAACCACCUGUAACCAUGCACUCUACGCCAUCUGUGACGUGUUCACUCAGUAUUUCGAGGCACUCAAUGACGUUCUCCUGGACGACAUCCUCUCCCAGUUGUACUGGUGUGUGCAACAAGACAACGAGCAGCUCGCUAGAUCAGGAACGAAUUGUCUGGAGAAUGUAGUUAUUCUAAAUGGAGAGAAAUUCACUUUGGAAACCUGGGAUAAGACGUGCAACUGCAUGCUGGACAUCUUUAAAACCACAAUCCCCCAUGCGUUGUUGACAUGGAGACCUUCUGGAGCUGAGAAUGAGCCUCCUGCACAGGUGGACAUUUCAGACAAACAGCUGGAUUCCAUCUCGCAGAAGUCGCUGGACAUCCAGGCGCGAGCGGACGACCAGCAGUCCACAGGCAGCAUGGAGAAGCUGUCCCUGGAGAACCGGAGGCAGAGUCAGUUCAGCGUGGGCUCGGCCGUGCUCGAGGACGGCCGGCAGGCCAGGACCCCCACAAAGGCUCAGGAGCAGAAGCUGUUCGCCGCCCUGCUCAUAAAAUGUGUCGUCCAGCUGGAGUUGAUCCAGACCAUAGACAACAUUGUGUUCUUUCCCGCCACGAGCAAGAAGGAGGACGCAGAGAACCUUGCGGCUGCUCAGCGAGACACCCUGGAUGCAGAUGUACAUGUGGACACCCAGGACCAGGGGAUGUAUCGCUAUCUGACCUCGGAGCAGCUCUUCAAGCUGCUGGACUGCCUCCUGGAGUCGCACCGCUUCGCCAAAGCUUUCAACUCCAGUAACGAGCAGAGGACCGCACUCUGGAAAGCAGGUUUCAAGGGGAAGUCGAAGCCAAACCUCCUGAAGCAGGAGACCAGCAGCCUGGCGUGUGGGCUGCGCAUCCUGUUCCGCAUGUACACCGACGAGUGCCGCAGGGAGGCCUGGGAGGAGGUGCAGAAACAGCUUCUGAACGUGUGCAGCGAGGCCAUCAGCUACUUCCUGACUCUGACAUCCGAAAGCCACAGAGAGGCCUGGACAAACCUCCUGCUCCUGUUCCUCACCAAGGUUUUAAAAAUCAGCGAUGACAGGUUCAAAGCUCACGCUUCGAGAUACUACCCCCUGUUGUGUGAAAUCAUGCAGUUCGACCUCAUUCCCGAGCUGCGAGCCGUCCUGCGCAAGUUCUACCUGCGGAUCGGGAUCGUCUUUAAAAUAUCGCAGACCCCCAGCCAGGAGGACGGCGACCGCGAGUGACGGAAGAGCGAAUUCCCCCCCGGCCCUCCCUGGGGGGCUCGAGUUUGAGGUCUCGUUUGUAUCUGUCUACGUUCUUGGGUUCCUUUCGUGUCUGGCCAGUUGCUCCCUGCCGAAGGGUCCUCAGGCCGCUGUGAACUUUGACCCCGGCUUGCAGCCCUCCGUUCCUUCCCUACACGCAGGCCGGCUGCCGGUACCGAAAGCUCAUUCCUGGCUCCGGCGGCGCACAGAGCGCCUUGAAAGCAGGGACCACCAGCGGCGUGGCCGCUGUCGGCCGGUGUCCGUCCUCGAACGAUGGGAAACAAACGCGCCUUGUACAGAAGAAGAAAUAUCCUGAAGGAAAAUAAUGAUAAAAAUUAAAUUAUUUCUAACCUUCUGAGUGUUCAGAAGCUUAGUAUUUUGAAGGAAGUGUUUCUUGCUUUCUCUUGACAUCAGUGUAUCUCAUACCUGUCGAACGAAAACAGACUAAAAUGGAAAGUGAUCAAUAAUUAGUAAAAAUGAAGAGUACGGUUAGUCUGAGUGACUUGAUUUUGGUUUGGGUUUUUUGCACAGCCAGUGGCUAACAUAAUUGUAAAACAGCCCCUCGGAUGAAACUAGUUGUACAGAAAUGCAGCUCUGUAAUAUAAUCUCGUAACACUAGAAAUCUCUUUCUGGAAUAAUUUUAUUUCUGUAUUUUAUGUUUCUCAGAUUAUGCUGCACUCAUAUUUUAUUCAGUGAAUGCACUGGGGAUUUUUACUUUUUUGUGAAAAUUUUAUUUUAACUUUACCAUUGCUUAGUCAGAUUGCCUAUUGAGGGUUAGGAUUGGUGAUUAUUUACGAAUAGGACAAAGAAAAAUGAGUACAAAUAUUCCAUUUAUAAUAUGUACAGAAGCUUUUAUUUAAAUUAAAAUGAAGCCAGUGACAAGGGGGGGGGGAUUUCAUAAAACUGGAACUAAAAUACUGCAAUCUAAUCUGAAGUGCAUCUGAAUAGUCACAAAUCUGUCUCCAUGUUUGAUGUAGGUUUCACUGUAUGUGUACAAAAUAAAAAAAAAAUCAAUGUUAAAUAUAAAAAUCAUUUUUUGGCUUGGGGGGUGACUAUACUGAAACGAUUAAAAAUGUGAAAUGUGCUUUUGAUGGUUAAAUAUGGAUAUGAAUGGUUCUGAAGCAUUCCUAGUUACGGUUGUGUAGAAAAUUAACGGACGAAAUGUAUAUGGAACAGCAAUGUAAAGUUUUCUAUGUACAAAAACAAACUGUACAACUUUCUGUACAAUCUUGGUUAUCAUCCGGCACAUUCUAAUCAGGUCAUAGGUCAAUAAAGUUUUUGAACUCUGUUCAUCAGUGCAGUUCAACUUUGAA